CACACCAAGCAUAAACCAGGCCCACCACCAAUUAGCGGCGCUUAUCGACGGGGAAAGCGUAACCCUAAGGCUGCCAAUGUCAUAGGGCGUAGGGUGUGCCUUCCUAGUGCCUCGGCUGUUCAAGGGAUGGCGCUUUUCCUCCCCAACCGUUUGGUAUUCAGUCCACAACAAGGGUACGGGAUUCACCAUGAAUGCCCUUGCGUGGAAAGGUUGCUCUAAGAGAGUUCCAUCGCUCGCAACAAGAAGCACUGCUCUAUUCCGGCGAACCAUGUCGCAGUUUCGGGUCGUCGAGCACACGGUCCGGGCCCAGCAUAUCCGAGACCGAUUCGGCGCGACGGAACCAGGCCAAGCGAACAGGCUACGUCUGGCUGUGAAACAAUACAUCCCGAAGUCAAACGAAAAGCCAUCUCCUGGAGAUGUCACAAUCAUUGGUGCGCAUGCGAACGGGUUUCCGAAGGAAAUGUACGAGCCGUUAUGGGAUGAUCUGGAACAGCGAAUGAGCUCUCUGGGCAGGAGGAUUCGGAGUAUAUGGAUCGCAGAUGUCGCUCACCAAGGCCAGAGUAGCGUCUUGAAUGAGACAAUCCUUGGCAAUGAUCCUAGCUGGAAUGACCAUGCGAGGGACCUCCUCUUUUUAAUUAACCAGUACCAAGACGAGAUGCCCCAUCCUAUCAUCGGAGUAGGACAUAGCAUGGGUGGCAUGCAUUUAGCCAACUUAGCAGUAUUGCACCCAUCGCUCCUCCAGGCUCUUGUUUUGAUUGAUCCCGUCAUUCAGACCGAGAACCCGAGCAAGGACUACGCUCCUGCCUCGAGCUACAGACGCGACAUAUGGCCCACAAAGCAAGAUGCCAUACAAAGAUUUGAGAGCAACAAGGUAUAUCAGAAAUGGGAUCCUCGUGUAUUAGAAAAGUAUGUGGAAUAUGGACUUCGCGAGGUGCCGACCGAGAUAUACCCGGAGCCUGGUGAACUCGGCCCAGGACCAGUGACAUUGACCACUCCUAAAGCCCAAGAAGUAUUUACUUUUCUGCGACCUAGUUAUGAAGGCGGAAGAGUGGAUCUUGAGCAAGAUGAAUGGCAAAAUGAGAUGCACCAGGACGAUUUAGAAGAAGGCUAUCCGUUUUACCGACCAGAACCGGCACAGCUUUUCCGUCGUUUGGGCGAGAUGAAACCGAGCGUUUUGUACAUUUUCGGGGAAAGCUCUGAAUUAUCGUCGCCUGCCGCUCGUCAGGCCAAGAUGGAUGCUACAGGUACUGGUGUUGGUGGAAAUGGUGGUGUUGGUCGGCAGCGAGUGAAGGAAGUGACGCUGCCGACAGGACAUCUCGUUCCAAUGGAACGAGUUAUGGAUUGCGCCAAUGCGAUUGCGACAUUUAGCAAUACCGAGCUGACCAGAUGGGAUGUCGAGCGCCAGAAGUACCUUCAGAGGUGGAAUGCGAUACCGCGUCGUGACAAGAUCACGGUCGACGAUAAAUGGAAACAGCAUAUCGGCACAAUAUCGAGGAAGCCUAAACUAUGAGAUUAUAUUUCAGCUUGCUUACGGCGACAAAGGCUAUAGAGAAGAUGUCUUUAUCUAUUGGAGGCUGUUAGCAGUUCUUUAUGCUUUUUUAUUACGAAAGCCUCGGCUUAAAGGUCCCAACCAUAGAUUGUAGAUAGAUUGGCAGAUUGACAAACAAAUGAUCUAGACUAAGUUCUGGCAUGA